CAGUUAGCGAAGCUGCAUAAAGGGUUGGCAACCUGUGAAGCAAACGAAAGUCACGUGAGGAUGGGUUGUUUUUGUUGUGGCACGGUGGCCUUUCGUCGUUCGCACGCCGUUCACGUGCAGUCAUCUGUGCACUCUGUGUUCACGGACUCCACGUGAUAAAAUAAAAUGGAACGUCCCGUUUCCCGCGCCGCUUGGACUGACGAGGAGACAGAUGUACUAAUAAGGCUGUGGGAGGAGAACCUGGGCGGUCUUCGCGGCCAAAAGAGAAAUGGAAAAAUAUAUCAAGCAAUUACAACCGCGUUGGCGAGCUGCGGAAUUGUGAAGACGCGAGCGCAAGUCCAUUCUAAAAUGGAAAACCUGCGGAACAAAUACAGAUGGCACACGAAGAACCGAACGACAGGUUCCGGAGCCGUUCCAUGGAAGUUUUACUGGAAAAUUCACAAGUUCUUAGGAACAUUGCCUGCUAAUGAUGCCAGUCUUGCAGUGGAAAGCAGCUGUGGAGAGCUCACAGUCUCCGAAAUUGUUCGAAGCAUGGAAACGGGGGAGCCAUGUGAGGAGCCAUGCGAGUUAUGGACAUACAACACUCCAUCAGACAGCCUGGAACCGCCAGGGAAUGACGAAAACAGCCCACCAUCAUGCAUUCUCUAUGAGGCAGUGCCAACAGCGAUGGAUGAUAGGGUUGCCCAGCAUUCCACAGACCAGACAUGCUCCAACCAGCCCACCCCCAGCCGCUGUACCCCUCCCAGAUCUGCUGCAGGCCAAAAAAAAAGAUGCAGGGACGGCGUGCUGGGGGAAGUUGUCCAGGAACAAAAGAAGUUUCGGACAAGCUGGUACGACUUGAAAAUGCAGGAGCUUGAACUCUAUAAAAAGCAGCUCAAGUUGCAAGAAGAAGCAGCAAAGCGGGACACACAACUUAUUGAUGUGUUGAAGGAUUUUUUUUCCCGUUAAAAUAUUCUCUGUGUGUGUGCUUUGUUUUUUAUUUCAAUACCUCCACGGCCCGAAGGUGUUGCAGAAAAUGUUCAUUAUUAGAAGGUCAAUAAAGUUCAUAGUUAAAGCCAC